AAAUCAUGGUGAAAAAUAAGUAUUUGGUCAAUACCAAAAGUUCAUCUCAAUAGUUUGUUAUGUACCCUUUGUUGGCAAUAAUGGAGGCCAAACAUUUUCUGUAACUCUUCACAAGCUUUUCACACACUGUUGCUGGUAUUUUGGCCCAUUCCUCCAUGCAGAUCUCCUCUAGAGCAGUGAUGUUUUGGGGCUGUUGUUGGGCAACACGGACUUUCAACUCCCUCCACAGAUUUUCUAUGGGGUUGAGAUCUGGAGCCAGGGGUUGAGAUCUGGACCACUCCUUUGUUGCCCUGUCUGUGUGUUUGGGAUCAUUGUCAUGCUGAAAGACCCAGCCACGUCUCAUCUUCAAUGCCCUUGCUGAUGGAAGGAGAUUUUCACUCAAAAUCUCUCGAUACAUGGCCCCAUUCAUUCUUUCCUUUACACAGAUCAGUUGUCCUGUUCCCUUUGCAGAAAAACAGCCCCAAAGCAUGAUGUUUCCACCACCAUGUUUCACAGUGGGUAUGGUGUUCUUCGGAUGCAAUUCAGUAUUCUUUCUCCUCCAAACACGAGAACCUGUGUUUCUACCAAAAAGUUCUAUUUUGGUUUCAUCUGACCAUAACACAUUCUCCCAGUCCUCUUCUGGAUCAUCCAAAUGCUCCCCAGCGUACCGCAGACGGGCCUGGACAUGUACUGGCUUCAGCAGGGGGACACGUCUGGCAGUGCAGGAUUUGAGUCCCUGGCUGCGCAUUGUGUUACUGAUAGUAGCCUUUGUUACUGUGGUCCCGGCUCUCUGUAGGUCAUUCACUAGGUCCCCCCUUGUGGUUCUGGGAUUUUUGCUCACCGUUCUUGUUAUCAUUUCGACGCCACGGGGUGAGAUCUUGCAUGGAGCCCCAGAUCGAGGGAGAUUAUCAGUGGUCUUGUAUGUCUUCCAUUUUCUAAUAAUUUCUCCCACAGUUGAUUUCUUUACACCAAGCGUUUUACCUAUUGCAGUCUUCCCAGCCUGGUGCAAGUCUACAAUUUUCUCUCUGGUGUCCUUCGACAGCUCUUUGGUCUUGUCCAUAGUGGAGAUUGGAGUGUGAUAUAGUGUGGUUGUGGAUAGGUGUCUUUUAUACCGAUAAUGAGUUAAAACAGGUGCCAUUAAUACAGGUAAUGAGUGGAGCCUUGUUAGACCUUGUUAGAAGAAGUUAGACCUCUUUGACAGCCAGAAAUCUUGCUUGUUUGUAGGUGACCAAAGACUCAUUUUCCACUUUAAUUUGGAAAUAAAUUCUUCAAAAAUCAAAUAAUUUGAUUUUCAGUUUUUUUUCCACAUUCUGUCUCUCAUGGUUGAGGUUUACCCAUGUUGACAAUUACAGGCCUCUCUAAUCUUUUCAAGUAGGAGAACUUGCACAAUUGGUGGUUGACUAAAUACUUAUUUUUCCCACUGCAUCUGAGUCUGACGAUCAUGAGUCACGUCAAUGUGCGAAUGCAAGCAGCAGAGCAAAACGCCUGGACUCAUUUAUCCGUUCAAUCAGCAGAGAUGGUUAGCUCUGAUUAGUUCAAAUGUGCAUGUUUUCUGGAAUAGCAAAAAAAAAAAAAAAAAAAAAAAAAAAAAAAAAAAGGAUGAAAUCUUUAAGAGCAACAUGAAGAGUUGAGGAGGCUUAUUUGUCAUAUUUAGUUUUAUUUGCUCUGAUGGGGAGGUUCAGAACAUCUUAGCUGUCAAUGUGCACUUUGGACUUACAUUUGUUAAUUUAUGUUAGGCUACUUGUUCAUUUCCUUAUGAUUGAAAAAAGUCAAUGUUUGCACGAUCUUUAAAAUAUAUUCCAUUUCACUGUGCAUAAUAUAAGUCAUUUGUACUUAUUUUUCUGAAUGUAUGUUACUUAUAUCUUUAUUAUUUAAAAAGAACAAUGUUUACAUUAACUUCAAUUUGAAUAUACAUCCUAAGUUCUUAAGUCGUUAAAAUUGAGAUUUGGCAUUUAGUAUGUGAGGAAAUAAGGGAAAAUACAAAUUAGGAGAUGGAGGUUGGGGUUAUUGCUGUUUUUGUUAACUUUUAUUUGGCAAAUCCUUGAAAAAAUACAAUUUUGAAUGUAAAAUAAAUAAAAUUUGUGGCGCCUUAGAUACCUUCACGUCAGGGAGUUCCGGCAAGAAAUUCUAGCCACUUUCACCCCUGUGUAUACAUUUAUAAAGGUAUGACUAAUACAUUGUUUAGUACCAUACCGAUUCCGUCUGACAACAAUGAGUAGACGAGCGGCGAGCUCCACCUGCUGGGGAAAUACGUAAGUGUCGCCAGGCGGAGCAACACAUCGUUGGUCGCCGACUGGUCCAGGCUGUAGAAGGGCAGAGGCGAACGGCGACAGCGAACAGAUGUGAACCGGACUACGACCAGAGAACAAGCUGUCGUCAAGACGGAGAGGCUUUCAUACUGCGAAUAUGUGGCAACCAGCGUCGGAGCGACUGCAGCACUUUCAGAGCAUGCUGAAGACCAAGCUAAAUGUGCUGACGCUGAGGAAGGAGCCGUUACCCACGGUGAUCUUCCAUGAGCCCGAAGCCAUUGAACUUUGCUCUACCACUCCACUUACAAAGAACAAAACUCAUGCUGGAUACAAGGUGACGUACCUGGGCAAGGUUACUAUUUCUGGGACCAACUUCACAUCUGGCUGCACAGAAUCAGCGGUGGUCGGUCUGGUGGAACAUCGCGCCCUCGCUCAGCAGCAGGGCACGUGCCCUCCUGGUAGCUCUCUACUGGAGAUUCGUCCCUUCCAGGUACGUCUUCACCAUCUGGAUGGGCACAGUGAGGCCUCGGUAACCAUGGACACCUACCAAGUGGCGCGGAUCGCAUAUUGCACAGCCGAUCACAGCGUCCGACCCAACGUGUUUGCCUGGAUCUACCGGGAGAUCAACGACGACCUGACUUUCCAGAUGGACUGCCACGCCGUAGAAUGUGAGAGCAAGCUGGAGGCCAAGAAGCUAGCACACUCAAUGAUGGAGGCUUUUCGCAAGACUUUCCAUAGCAUGCGCUGCGAUGGGCGCAUCCAUAAGAGUGGCUCUUCAGAUGAGUUUGCUGAGGAUUCAUCUACUCCAGAAGAUUCAACCCCAGACGAUGGCUGAACUGAUGCUAAUCCAAACUCCUGAUCCCCAUUCUUACAAAACAAGGGGUGAAGGGAAGGACGGACAGAUUAGCUGCUCUCUCUCAUUCUCCCCUUUCACUAUCACUCGGACAAUUAGCAGACGCUAAGAAUCAACUCAUUUGGUAUAAAGAUUUAUAGCCCAAUGAAAGAAGUCCCCUUUGGGUAUUUGUGGGGGAAGUCACCCUGAAGAUAUUGUCCAGAUAAUUACAUUCCCAUUUUCUACAAGUGUCAGUCCUUCACCCAACAAAGGCACAUGACUGUGGUUGUUCAAAGCUUUUCUAUCAAUGGAGCCACAAACUACAAUGCCCUAUCUUCAGACCCCAUCUCAAGAAAACCCAUUAUUACUUUGUAGGGACCUCACACAAAAAGGCCUCAGAAUAUUUUUGGUUGCCAUCGAGAGUUUAUAAGACUAUCUUGCAUUCUCACAUAAUGGCUACAAUGGCUUCAUCUUUGAUAAAAGCAAACAAGGGUACACCAGAGUGUUGCCAUAUCAUAUUCAUGGUACCUUCUUCUGCUUCCCCAAACUACAGGUUUUUGCUUAUAUGGUACUUAGGUAUGUCAGUACAUGUAAGACAUCCAUAGAAAUCUAGGUAGAUGUUUCACAUGUUUUGACUGAUACCUCGAGCUUGUUUGUGACAUGUUAAUCAUUCAUGUCUGAUUUUUCUUUCAAACAUACCAAAAUUCAGGCUUAACAGUGCCUGUCAGAUUAUGUGCCUCAAUUUCAUCUACAAUUGUUUUGUCCUGGACCUGAUUAAUAUGUGUGUUUGAAUGUGUGUACCAUCUUAUCUCUGUGAUUAGAGAUGAUUGUCUACACUACACAAGUGCUUGUAGCCGUCGUAAACUAGGAAAAGGGUAGAUGCAAGAGUAGAGGUAAACGGAUACUGUAAGAACAGUUUUGAGGUGAAGACGAAUUGUGGCCUUGUAUGAGUGUUAUCAUGCAACCAAGGAGCCAUGAGAGGUAAAAGCUCAGAUCUCCUGGCCUCUGAAUGUCUGAAGAGUCCAAAAGGCUUCGUGACACCAUCUCCAGUCACCCCUUCAAUCUCCUCGUGCCAUUACUGACAGCUUAAUGGGAGCAACAUCAGACAGUGAGCCUUUUUAAAACUAUCCAUUUGAGGUACUGAGCGGCAUCAGAGUUCUCCGCCACUCGUCUUAAUCUAACAGGACUGUAAUCAACAGAAUAUUGGUGGAUUGGGUGAACUCCAACAGAAUGAUAACAGUGUUGCUACAUGUGAAAAUUAGCCUGGAAAUGGUUGGGUAAAUAAAGGCAAACUUGCACACACUCAGUUAUACAUAAAAUUCAACAUACUGUUUAAUGUACAUGCACAUUGCAUUGGGCUCCUACGUAAUAAGCUUAUGUAAAUAAAAUGUAUGUAUCACUUUCCAAAUAUUAAAGCAUAAAUGUUGAUAUUUUAAAUAAAAAAAGAUGAGAAAUAUCGUACGAUAAAGAAACAGUGUUAUAAAAAGUCUACUGUGAAUCGUAAGGGGAGAGCCUGAUAAAAGUGGUUUGUGCGUGUGUGUUUGUCAGUGUAAAAUGAGAUUGAAUGGUUGGAAGAAAUGUGUGUUGAUUCAAGAGGGAGAAGACUAGAUUCGUCAUGUCUGUCUGAAAGCUCCGACUUGCUUUAAAUGUUUGACAAAUGUUACCUAAAUGUUUUCUAUACAGUGUCUGCAAAGAUGAAAAAACAACAACAAAAAGUUGCAUAUAAAGCAUUUACAAAGACCUGUCGUCUUAUGGUUUUCUGUCCCCCUUCGCAACCACACAUCUGUCUGCCUUUAUUCAUCGUUUUUAACUCUUUUUGAUGUUAAGUAGAUUAGUGGAUUCCUCGUUGUGGUGUGGAGUGGGACAUCAAAUUAUGUUCCCUUUGAGAAGCAGCCAAGUUGGAUAUACAACAUCAAGUCACACACAUGUUGCAUUAUCUGGUCCAAAUUAAUUUUAAAUAUGUUUGUGUAAAGCUGUGUGGAGUGUUUGUAUUACUUCUCCUUCAUACACAACCACAACGUAUUUUGACCACCAUUCUGUCUCCAGUCUUUUUUUUUUGUUUUUUUAGUAGCGUAAAGUUCUUGUCAUCCCGUUGUGUGGAUUCGCAAUUCUGGCAUCGCAAGGACCUGCGAUAAUUUAUUAUUAAUAUUUUCUGAACACGCAAACUUGUUUUUUUUACUGCUUCAUGCUCGUACUUCGCUACAGCCUCUCACCCCUCCUCCUACUAAGCACUGCAAACAGACUGUUUUUCUUGGUCGCCAGGGCAGCUUGCAUUUGGGAAGUUUACAAUGAUUGACAGGUUUGUAGCUUUGAGAUUUGUUUUUCAAAUGUAAAGUGCGUUAUAAUUAAAAUGUAUUAUUAUUAUUAUUAGCCAGAGAAGUCUCGGUAGCUCUACGAUCAAAAGCACAAAGGUGUUAAUCAAAGGUGUUAAUCAUCAUUAAGCUUGUUACACACUAAUGGUAGCCCAGACUGAAUGUGCUGUGGCAACUCAUUCAUUGUGUAAUUGAGAGGCUGUUUUUGGCAGCGUAAGCGUCAAAUCGUGAGUGAAUUUAUAUUCAGCUGAUUUUGCGGAUUCAUUCAUUUAUUUUUCGCAUCAUGCCAGCCAAACGGCUGCAGAAAAUUCUUGCUGUACGAGGGACAAGCGUGUGCCUUUUUGGGGUUUCAAAAGGUUCCCAUUCACCGGUGGAUAUUGGCCAAAACAAGCCCUACUACUGUGAGACCAUGGGACCUUACGAGGGAGUGAGUAAACAUCGUGUUUUGUAUUAUGUCAAAUACUGGGAUCAUUUUAAUAUGUAGGUGGCUGGCAUUUUGUGGCUGACAUGCUCCUUGUCCCCUCGGCCGACGACUGGCGGCUUGUCGCACAUAACCCGCCGGGAGAGCACUGUACUCGGCUUAUUGCCCUCCUCAUGUGCCCGGUGUUCUGUCAAAUUUUCCAACCGAUCAGAAAUUACAACUUUGUGUUAAAAAUAGCUGCAAAUACAGCGAUUAAAAAGUAAACACUACAAACUUUCUUUAAAUAAAGGACUACUUACGUUUGAUCAUGGAUGGGCAUGUAAAAAGCUCUCCUCAUACACAUAUUGUCAUGUUAGCUGCAUAACAACUGCAGCCGCCCCCCUAUGAGUCUCUCGCUGUUUACGACUUCGCCGCGUAGUAAAGCAUUAUUUUGCCAUAUUCGUGUUAACCAGUGGCGGCUACACGCUCCUCUGACGUCGGCCGGUUUGUCCGGCGGUCAUUGUCCAGCUGCUUCCUCCCAAACGAGCCCUCUGCCCUCAGCAGGGGAACGACGACCUCUAACUUGUUCGCCGCCGGGUGGGUUGCCGAUCGGCAAAGACAAUUGACAACACAGUCGUCAUGUGAAAUAAUCCGGGCUAGUUAUGUGUGAUUUUCCGCUUCGAAGACUUUGAAUCAUCACUCGGUUCGGGUUAGCAUGUCGGCUAGCUGUCACGCCUCUUGGUUUGUUUACAUUCUCCAAAGCCGGGGAAGGGAAAUGACAUCAGCCCGAUUAAGUGGCAUAAAAUAUCGUUCGGGAGGUGCGACAGUAAAGGUGAAGUCGACAGUUUUGACCAUUAUGGAGUAAUUUUGCCAUGUCGUCCUGAAUAAAUGCCUUUCUAUCAUUUCAUAUUCCAUUUAACACAAGGUUUAUUUGUCAUGACCAUGCCAUUUAUUUAGCUAUUUGGGAAAAAUACUUGGAUAAAAAGAUGUUCCUGUAAAAAUAAUUGGUGUAGAGAGACAGAAACAAUGACAUUUUGCGGCUCUCUUCGUUGCGUUUUCCUCGUUCUGAAUAAUUCCCCCACAAUGGACUGAAUAGUAAAACCGAUGAGCCCAUUCUCCUGCUGACGUCAUCCGCCUUUUGGGGACGCUAGAGCCCUAUAAUGGUAGGCUAACAGGCAGAUUAAAAGACUAACUUCUCGUCAUCUGCGCUUUGCUAAAUUGUUGUAUAUAGUCGAAUCGUCUCAAAAUAUGAUUCUAAUUCACAUAAUAAUGCUAUUUAAGACUUUUUUUCUCCUGGGUUCGCACUUUAAAGCACCGUAAAAAAUGAAGUAUUUAAGCGCUGCCCUCAACAUGACUCGAAAGCGGGGAUUUGAACCUUUCUCCCAGUUUUUAUUUGACACCGAUUGACCACGUAAAACCGGAGAUAUGAUCCUUUUAAUUUAUAAAUUGAAGGAACUCUUCACUACUCAAACUCUGAAGUUUUUUCUCUACCAGAGGGGCAGUCAUGCUCUAUGGACAAAUAAUGCUUCUCUUAUGUAGUUUUUUUUCUUUCAUCAGAAUUCAGUGAUUUUUUUGUUUGUAUUUCUUUGGUUCAAUGUGGUUAUGUAAUAGGUUAUUGUAGGGUAUCAUUAUAACAAUAGUCCAUAUAGAUAAUUAAGGCUCAGAAAAAAAUACCAUUGUUUAAAAAAAGAAAAUCUAACAAAAAUGUUACUCACAAUGUUACUCAUUACUUGAGUAUUCUUUUAACCAAAUACUUUUUACUUGUACUUGAGUAAAUUUUUUGGACGACUACUUUUACUUGAGUAAUAUUAUUUUUGAAGUAACGCUACUCUUACAUGAGUGAAAUUUUUGACUACUCUACCCACCUCUGAUUCAGGGCCGGCCCAGCCUAUACGCAGACUAUGCUGCUGUUUUGGGCCCCUGACCACUAGGGGGCCCCCAAUCUGGCAAUUGUUUAAUUUAUAUUCUAUUUUGUUUUCUACAGUUUGCUGUAUUUGACUUUUGUGAGUUUUGAUACUUGAUUACAAGCUUAAAAAAUAAAAGUUCUUCCUUAACUUCUUUCUUUCCUCUUUUAGAAAAAGGUUUGGCGCUAUCUACUGUAAGUACUGACAAUCAUUUAGGGUGAGGUUUGAAGUAUGCAGUGCAACAAAAUCUGAUUAAUAUACAAAAUAUGGACGUCUGGGUUGGAUUGCAUGUAUGGGUUUCACAGUACACUGUGACGAAAUGGCGGGCCAAAAAUAUGGGCCCCUUUGCAUUAUUUUGCUUAGGGCCCCCAAAUGGCCUGGGCCAGCCCUGCUCUGAUUGUAUUCUUACUUGAUCAUACUAUGAUUAAAUGCGAAUUGUUACUGUACUUUACUGGUUCAUUUCUGCAUGACAGUGUCAAGCAAAUAUGUUUUUACUGCCACAUGCAGGAUAAUCUGCGUAUUGCCUUGUUGACCAAAACAAACACUGAACAAAGAUGGCACUUGGCUCCUCAGGGUUACAUGUGGCCUCUUCUUGGCCCGUUUCAGAAAAAUCCUAGAACCGCCACUGACUGUAAAUUUUUUUCAACUCUUAAUCCUGUCACAUUUACCAUAAACACUAUCGAAGCGCGAUCUUGUCUGUUCAUGUAGAAUGAUUUACCUUGCAAACAAUGUAGUUGACUGUUGAUUUGAUAGUCUCUCUUUAAUGGAUUCAUGCUGCUCUUUCAGCCCAAUGAUUACCUUAUUUGUUUUUUUCCAAUCGUCCAAAUACUUACAGAUGUACUCUGCAUAAAAUAGUUGUAAUUCCAUAAAUGGCAUAUUUUUUGAGAAAGCUCUUCAACUUAACCUGACUUUACAUUUCAAAUCUAUUGUGGCGUUGUGUACGGGGCAAAAAAGUUCUCAUUGUCCAAAUACCUUUGGGCCUGACUGUAUAUAAGAACCAUAUGUUUGCGAAUGAAUGCAAUGUGAUGUGCUGGAGGGAAAUUUAUUCUUACCGUGUUCAUCUGUGACCAGAUUUGAGCCCCUCGUGGCAUUACGCAAAUCUUUUGGUGGUCUUAGUGGCUAUACUAGCUCAUUAACCUCAUGGGUAGUCCCCCAUUAUGUUUUAGGUUUAAAUCUGUCAGUUGAGUCAUUGCUAUGAGCUUUUACUCAUUCCUUCCAUUUCAGCAUUUCAUCGUGUUGUUGUUGUUGUGCGUCAUGUUCUUGUCUGUGACAGCCUGCUUUUUCAAAGCGGCCACAUCCAUAACUAAAUAACAGGCUGCUUCCUGUCUUUAUGGCUGGCCAUCAUUUUGCAGCUAAAGAGCAGCAGUAGCAGAGAAUUUGGAGGCAAAAUGGAUGCUAGAGUGAUCAUAUUCGUCAAAGGAAAACACUGCCUCCUUCUGGCCAUCUGUGCAAACUAUUCUGUUACACGGGUCAAGAAAAAAAUGUGUUUCAUAUGCAUGCAAAUACCUGUUCGUACGUAAUUUCGGAGUGUUGAAUCCAAAUCCACACUUUUUUAUCUUUCUGUAAACUGUAGUUUGUUGUUUAUUUCUUUAUUUAUUCAUUUUGCAAUGUUAAAUCGCUAAACGAUAUUUUUUUUUUGCAAAGUUUGGCUUUGUGGUCACGACUUUGAAAUUCUCUUUUCAACUUUUCUUUACUGUUGUACUUUCUAAAGCUUAAAAAUAUACAGGGCGUUCCAAAAUGUUUGACCCCAUUUCGUAGGCCAAUAAUUUUGACAAUUUUCGUUGGAAUGACCUCAAAUUUUCAUAGCUUUUGUAAAAACGUUUCAAGUUUUUUUUCAGGUUAAGAAAUGCCGUUCACAGCUCUAACUCAGUCACCAAAGACAGUGCAGCGUGCCUUCUUCACAAAUUUUGCAAAGAAGGCACCAAAUACAAACCAAAUUAGGACUUGGCACCAAAAAUUUUAAGAAAUUUCAGCGAGUUUGGCACGAGCUCGAAUACCGAUUCAACAUGUGCAGUCACAGUCGGCGCUCAUAUUGAACAUUUAUGAAAAUCUGUCAUAGAAGCAACAAAUCUUUGUACUUUCCUUU